AUCUCGCUCUCUAAGACUUGCUCAUCUUGCUCAUCUUCCUUUCAUCAUCCGUCACCAUUCAUCCUCUCGACCCGAUUUCUGCAUUGCCGCCUGCACCCAAGUCCACCAGUGCACCACCAACACCACUACCACCACCACCGCCAUCAACAACAACAUCAUUUUCACCAUUGAUUUUCAACAUCCUUACCACCCACACUUCAAUCUUGCUGCCAUCAAUCAAUUCCUUACUUCCUCCUCCGGUUGUAGCUCUGAGCACCGCAUCCUUCCGGUCGAAGCCACAUCUUCCACGAAUCCAUCCAGUGCAGGGCCUCAGAACAAGGGUUGCAUCCACAGAAAGUUCGACUAAUCGACCAAACUACCAAGUCACACCACGGUAAUAAGGUCUCUCAAUAAAACAAUUGCAGGAGCGGUCUUCAGUGAGAAGCGCAUUACUACCUCGUCUCGAACACUGGCCAGGAUACUGUGACAUCUAGGCUGUGAGACAACCCCGCGAGGAUAUACUUUUUGGCAGCACAUUGCCUGGAGUUGCCACUUCCUACUCGGUCAACGACGGUUUCUCGGCCCCAGGUCAGUCAUACGGCGGCCCAGACCUCAUGGUGACGCGGUACCUCGAGGGAAAGCACAUCUGGUGAAAGAAAGUGGCACUUCGUGGAUGCAUCGAGCCAACGCAAGUAUGGCUGCCAUCGAAGUAGGCGCAAGGCCUAGGUAUGUCCCCUUGAUCAAUCUGCACACUCCAUCAUUGACUUAUCUGAACAACAGGGACACUCUCCCAUCCAUAAGCCAUCUUCAUUUCGACAAGUCUCACAAUGAUCACCAUGAUCGAUCUCGGUACUAUCUCGCCGAAUCAGCCAACGCUCCCAAUACAGCACCGUUGACCAGUCCAACAAGCAUGCAUUCUGGGCCUCCUCCGCCCUAUUCAUGUGCCCCAUCUACUGCUCCUUCAGUCACCGCACUGUCUGGCUACAUCUCUCCCCCGGAAUCCACCACUCGACGAUCUACUCGCGAUGAAAAAGAGUCGCCAGGGUCUCGCAAAUCACUUCCCUCGAUCCACGAGGCUUUAGGCGCUCCACUUGCGGCCCCCCCUUCCCAGCAUCAACCUUCAAUGCCGCACUCGACAGGAAUGGCACAAUCAUUCCCUGAAGCACCGCGGGGGCCUGUCAAUCCAUAUUCGCAGUCGUCAGCGCCUCCCCCGGUGCUUCGAGAUGUCUUCUCCGGAGGACACAAGACCCCAUCUACCCAGGCUGAAGCAAACCAGCCAAAUCCAUCAUACUCGCCGACCAGUGGUUCUGACACAAGACACUCAGUCUCUCACCAUUUCGGAUAUCCUGGUUCUCCGCGGUCGCACGCCCCUCCGAGCUUUCGCUCUUCUUCGCUCGCCAACACUUCCUUUGGCGGCCAUAACGAACCACCUCCUACCCGCUCCGAACCUGCCUUUGAAGGACAGCGUAAUGGCUUUGCCUUUUCUCAAUACAACAAGCCCACGCCGGCCGGAUUUCCCCCGCCGCCUCCGUCCCAUGAGCCCUACCAGUUCACUGCAGGGUCCAAACCAGAAGAUCCACGGCCUCCCCAUUCCCAACCUGGAAGUGAAUCAACAUACGGUGAUACGGUCAAGCGACAUCUUGAUGUAUUUGAUGCAGAAAUGGGCCUAGGAGAGAUUUUCGAGGCUUCCUCGCGGACGUCCGACUUUUCUCGAAUCUGGAGUCAGCGCUACCACUCGAACAAUCAUCCGGGAUUCUUUCAAGAGUCGCUUCCUGGUUUACACGAGAUUGAUGAUAUGCUUCGACAGUCUCACCGUAUCUUUGAGAACUUGACACAUCUGCGAGAGGUUGUAGUGGCCCAGCAAACCGCCAUGUCGGAGCAAAGGGCUCGUCUUGCUCGGGGAGGGCCAAUGGAUGAAGACUAUCAUGGGUUGUCUGAUGACUACAAGAACGGAGGCUUCUCUGCCGGUGACGCCAAAAAACGGCGAGGCAAGGCCGCACCUCCAGGUCGAUGCCACAGUUGCAACCGAGCCGAGACACCAGAAUGGCGACGAGGCCCAGACGGGGCACGGACACUCUGUAACGCGUGCGGACUGCACUAUGCGAAACUAACCCGGAAAAUGGGGGUCAACAAAGCUGCAGCUAUGAGUGGCUCCAAUCUGCGACCCAAAAGCCUUGAUUCGACGAGACCAUAAGGUCAUGGGCCGAGUCGAUGAUUGGUGUCGAGCAUAAUGAAGACUAAGAGGGCUGUUGGUGUGCAGGCUCAACCAGGAGCCUGACGACGAGACUACGAGGGAAUGAUUGAUUGGGAAUAGUUACGGGACAUAUUGGGAUUUUGGCGUUUAGUCGGCGAUCUGGAUCCUUGUCGUGCAUUUUGGACCAAAUACGAAGCGACGCAUUUAUUGAUGCAAUGUACAGACGAAGACUGGAGCGCAGGAAUUGGGAAAAGCUUUUGGAAUCGGCGUCUCUUGCACAGUGCGAUGUCUUAUUAGAGAACAUCCAAGGGAGCAUGGGCGUGAAAACGUCGUCUGGGAGAUGUGAUGUUAUUCUUAUACCCUGACGGCAGCCUCAGCAGAGGCAAGGAGCAUUUUGGCUCCCUUGAAAUACUACGAGAUAUUGUUAUUGCUUAGUGGCCACGAGAGGACACGGGGUUGUGAUGAAAGAGAAGGGAUUGAGUGGUCAAGGUGCUUGUACAUGGUUGGAUCUAUAUUUUGAGGGCGGAGACAUUUAUUGGUUACAAAGUCAAAGGCAUUCUACUCAUUAGAGUGUUGCUGGACGGGAAAAGGCGUUGAGAGAGAAUUGGUGCGCAGCCUCUGUGCUGCAAUCGACGAACAAUGACAAUUUGUUCCGACUUUCCGAGAAACCUUUUGCUUGCUCCUUUUUUACGACGAUUUCAUAAGAAUGUGAAGAUGACUGGCCAUGGCCAUGACCACGAUUGACCAGGGCCUCGUGGGACGGUGGGUCGGGCAAUUCUGGGUUUAUAUGUGGAGUGGAGGGGGAGGGCAGUC